ACUUCCUGGAUUCUGCACUUCAUCAUUCAUUGAACUAUCAGUGGCUGCGUGCUUUAUACUUUUUUUGGCCGACCGUUCGAAAAUCCCACAAAGCGAGCGAGUAUUUGGUAUUUAAAAAAAAAUAGGCACUGCUGGUGAAAAUUACUAAAAUUGACUUUACCAUUUUUUAAUUUUUAUUAAGCUCAACAGUUUUGUUGUCUUCGUCUUUAACGCAACAAGUACUGCUGACGGUUAUGGGGAUCUUGGCAAUACUAGUAUUUUCGGGGAUAACGUUGCUGUCUUCUGUCAAUGCAUGGGGUUCAGGUGACAGAGUUCUACUUGAAGAUGUUAAAGUACUGACUUUAUACUCCGGUAGAAUGACUAAUGCUGGGAGAUCCAGCCCAAUACCACAGCUGAAAUGCAUUGGUGGCAAUGCUGGCUGCGGUACAUUUACACCACAAGUUGUACAGUGUUACAACCAAGGAUCAGAUGGCUAUGAUGUGCAGUGGGAGUGCAAGACAGAUAUGGAUAACGCAUAUAGAUUUGGUCAAGUACAAGUCAGCUGUGAAGGGUAUGAAUAUCCAGAUGAUCCAUAUAUAUUAAAAGGCUCAUGUGGUUUGGAGUACACUUUAGAUCUAACCAAGGAAGGAAAUCAACAACAACAUAAACAUAAUUACUAUGGUGAUGAUAAUAGUAACCAUCAUUCCUACUAUGAAGGGAAGCAUCACAAAUGGAAGAAAGAAUCAUGGUUAGGUUACAUUGUAAUGUGGGUUAUCAUCGGUGUUAUUGUGUAUGCCAUUUACCAGACAUGUGUUGCAUCAAACACUCGUGGAUCGCCUUAUCCUGACGAUGGUCACCCACCUGGUCAAGGCUCAGGAUCAAGAUGGGGUGGAGGCGGCAGUGGUGGUGGUGGUCCCCCUCCUCCAGGAUUCAGAUCAGACUAUAUGCCAGGAGGUGGCUGUUCUGCAAAUUACGGCGGUUCCACGGGUAGCACUGGUAGUACUGGGACAGGAGGAGGUGGUUUCUGGACUGGCGCUGCCACUGGUGGAAUUCUGGGAUACAUGUUUGGAAAUAGAAACCGUGGCCAUGGUUAUGGUUAUGGUGGAACUGGUUAUGGUUAUGCUAGACCAGGUUAUGGCUAUCGUACUGGAGGUGGAUCUUUUUUUGGUGGUGGUGGCGGCGGUGGCGGUGGUGGCUUCGGGUCAUCAAGAAGUUCAGGAACCAGAACAGCAUCAGGCUUUGGUGGGACAAGUCGUCGAUGAGGAAACAGAUGCUUUGGCAAAGUUCUUUUUAUAUGAUGUAUUUUGCCGAUACAGGGGACAAGCAUGCAAGAUAUUUUGUAAAUAAAGGAUGUAAUCACAUUUUUUAGAGGGAUUCUAAAUGUUUACACAGAAUAAAGUAAUUAACUU